UUUUUAACAUAUAGUGGACAUAAUUUGUCUUUAUAAAUUGUUUCAUUUAUAAAUGUUAGUAUUGUUGUUAGGUAUAUGUGAAAUAUUGGACUUUUUUGCAAGUUUAGUGAUUAAUAUGUCAACGUAUUUUUUUUGUGCUUAAUUAAAUAUUUUCUAUACAUUGAAAUUUGAUUCAUUAUAAUAAAUAUAAUAAGUACCUAUUGAACAAGUUUUUAAGAUUUUUUUAAUACUUAGUAUAUAUUUUUCAACGUUAUAGAAACUACAUGAUACACAGUAGUGUGUGUACAUCGACGGUCAAUAAGAUUAACAUUACAAGAUGUCCAGAAUACCAAAAUUACCAAAAGCUACUGCUAAAGAGAAUAAACCUGGCCUGAUAACCAGUGGACUGACUAGAACAAUUGCUAAUGGCUUGAGUGAUGCAGAUAAGAAGAACUUGAUUUUGAAUCACACCAGACCUAUGCGUAAUGGACCAAGUGUGUCAGUACCUGCUCCUCGUCUUAAGAGGUCAGCAACAGCACCAUCAAGUGUUACUGUUCCUCCAAAGAUAACAAAGAUUGAGAAGAAACCAUCUACAGUAGCUCCUAAAAUACCACCAUAUGACUAUAAAGCAAGGUUUAAUGACUUAUUACAAAAACAUAAAACAAUUAAAAGUGAACUUACUGACUUAAAAGACAAACAUGUGGAGGUGUCUGACGAAUAUGAAAAGGUCAAGGAAACUGUACAGAGUUGUUCUAAUGAAAGAGACAUAUUUAAAGAAAAGUUAUUAAAUACUCUUAAUGAUUUAAGAGAAAAAACAUCUGAAUAUGAAAAGAUGAAAAUAGAUUUCGAUAUUCAGAAGCAUGAGAAUGAAGAUUUACACCGUAAAACUCAGUUAUUAGAAGAAGUUACUAAUGGCUUAAAGAAAAAGACAAUCGAGUUGGAAAUUUUGCAGUCAGAGUUCAAUAAUCUGACCAGACAUCACAAUAGUCUUAAAGAAGAAGCAGAGGCAUUACGGGUUCUUUCUGAGCAUCUGAAGAAAGUAUCUAUUGAAUAUGAUAAAUUACAACUGGACUAUAAAGAAGCCCAACAGUCAAUUAUAAAAUAUAAGUCAGAUGCAGAUGGAUUACAAAAUAUUUUAGCUACAAUGUAUAAAGAACAAAGAGAUUUGAGGAAUACUAUACAGGACUUAAAAGGAAAUAUCCGAGUUUAUUGCAGAGUUAGACCACCUUUAGAAUCAGAGACUUCAAAACCACUGUUCAAUUUGAAUGUCCUUGAUGCAUGCUCUAUAGAAGUUGAAAAAGUUGAAUUAAAUUUCAGUUCGGCAAGAAAAGGAAAAUCACAGCAUGCUUUUACAUUUGAUGGUAUAUUCACACCUCAUGCAACUCAAGAAGAUGUUUUUGCUGAGGUUUCCCCAAUGGUACAAUCUGCAUUAGAUGGAUACAAUGUAUGUAUAUUUGCAUAUGGUCAGACUGGCUCUGGUAAAACUUUCACCAUGGAAGGUGGAUGUGGCACAGAGCAAUAUGGUAUAAUUCCAAGAGCUUUUAAUAUGAUUUUCACAUGUAUGGAAGAUUUAAAAAGGAUGGGUUGGGAAUUACAAAUUAAAGCAUCCUUUUUAGAAAUAUACAAUGAGGUUAUUUAUGACUUAUUAAAUUCAAGCAAGGACCAAGAAAGCCAUGACAUUAAAAUGGUUAACUCUAAAGGCAUUGAUGUGUAUGUUUCGAACUUGAAAGAAGAAGAAGUUAAGAGUUCACAUGAUUUCAUCAGACUGAUGAUAUUUGCUCAACGUAACAGACAGACUGCAGCUACGCUCAACAAUGAAAGAAGUUCUCGAUCCCAUUCAGUUGCACAAAUUAAGAUAUCUGCUAUCAAUGAAAAGCGUAAAGAAAAGUUCACCAGUCAAUUAAAUUUGGUUGAUCUGGCAGGUUCUGAAAGUGGAAAAACUUCGCAAAGGAUGGAUGAAACUAAACAUAUUAACAGAUCCUUAUCAGAGCUAUCUAAAGUUAUUUUGUCUUUGCAGACAAAUCAGUCCCAUAUUCCAUACAGAAACUCAAAACUUACUCAUUUGUUGAUGCCUAGUCUUGGAGGUAAUUCCAAAACUCUGAUGUUGGUCAAUAUCAAUCAAUUUGAUGAAUGCUUUGGUGAAACUCUGAACUCCUUACGCUUUGCUACCAAGGUAAACAGUUGCCGGACAAUAAAAGCAAAGAAAAAUUUGACAAUGGUUGACUCACUAUAAUAUUUUUUGUUAUACAUUAAUUUUAAAUGACU